AUGAACCCAAGAACAAAGACUCGAAGAACAGACGAACCCAAGAACAAAGACUCGAAGAACAGACGAACCCAAGAACAAAGACUCGAAGAACAGACGAACCCAAGAACAAAGACUCGAAGAACAGACGAACCCAAGAACAAAGACUCGAAGAACAGACGAACCCAAGAACAAAGACUCGAAGAACAGAUGAACCCAAGAACAAAGACUCGAAGACCAGACGAACCCAAGAACAAAGACACGAAGAACAGACGAACCCAAGAACAAAGACACGAAGAACAGACGAACCCAAGAACAAAGACUCGAAGAACAGACGAACCCAAGAACAAAGACUCGAAGAACAGACGAACCCAAGAACAAACACACGAAGAACAGACGAACCCAAGAACAAAGACUCGAAGAACAGACGAACCCAAGAACAAAGACUCGAAGAACAGACGAACCCAAGAACAAAGACACGAAGAACAGACGAACCCAAGAACAAAGACACGAAGAACAGACGAACCCAAGAACAAAGACACGAAGAACAGACGAACCCAAGAACGAAGACUCGAAGAACAUACGAACCCAAGAACGAAGACUCGAAGAACAGACGAACCCAAGAACGAAGACUCGAAGAACAGACGAACCCAAGAACAAAGACUCGAAGAACAGACGAACCCACGCCCGAAGAACAGACGAACCCGAAACGCCGAAACGCCAAACCCCGCCGACGAUGCCUUCCGCGGCGGAAACGCGUCCCCGAGAAAAGUCUCACAAGAAGAUAAGAAAAGAACUUGA